AUGAGAGGCAAGCAGUUCGCAAAACCAAUCAAGAUCACGAAAUGGGCGUUCUUAAAAUUGGGUGGUGUGCGUCUUGAGAGCAACCACAUCGACUCGUUCAAGCGGGCUCUGAAGGAUUAUGGACUCGGAACCGAAGGUCCGUCCGCUCCUCAACCCUUUGAAGCUCCUCUCCCUGGCUCAGAGGACGCAAACGACGCUUCUAUCGAGAAAGUUUUCAAAGCUAUGUUCAGCACAGGAAUAAAGAUGGUUUUGGUGAUUUUGCCAAAUUCCAGUUCAGUCACCUACGCCCGCGUGAAAUUUUGGGGGGACGUCAAAGCUGGGAUCCACUCAGUCUGUGUUCUCGCCGAGAAUCUCUCCAAAGGCGCACAAUAUUAUGCCAACGUUGCACUCAAAUUCAACCUGAAAAAUGGCGGUGUCAACCAACUUCUUCCAAACCAACUAGGGUUUCUGAACAACGGGAACACGAUGGUCGUCGGUAUUGAUGUGACUCACCCGGCACCCAAGAGUAUGGAGGGAUCGCCAAGUAUUGCGGCGGUGGUGGCAAGCAUUGACAACGAAUACGGUCAAUGGCCUGGUAGCAUCCGCUGCCAAGAUUCUAAGAAGGAAAUGGUAUCGACAUUGAAAUUCAUGAUGCAAGAACGCCUCAAACUCUGGAUAAAAACCAACAACCGAGGGCCAGAAAAGAUAUUAAUCUACCGUGAUGGUGUCUCUGAGGGUCAGUACAAGACUGUGCUUGAGGAUGAGUUGGAGCAGAUUCGGGAAGCUUGCAAGGAGAUCUAUGGGCCGAGGCCUCAGCCAAAGAUCACCAUUGUAAUUGUCGGCAAGAGGCACCAUACUCGAUUCUACCCUACGGAUGCUAGGACCGCUGACAAUAAAGGCAAUCCCGUGAAUGGAACGGUGGUCGACCGGGGAGUUACCAUGGAAAAAGGCUUCGACUUUUUCCUCCAGGCACACGCUGCCCUCCAAGGCACGGCGAAACCUUCGCACUACGUCGUGAUUCUUGAUGAGAUGAAGCUUGGUGCUGAAGAGCUUCAGACCAUCACUCAUCAUCUCUGCUAUGGUUUUGGAAGGGCCACAAAAGCCGUGUCGAUAUGCCCACCUGCUUACUACGCCGACAUUCUUUGCGAGCGCGGCCGAUGCUAUCUUGCAAAAUACGUCAACGGACGUUGGCCUCCAGGCAAAGAAUUUGACUGGAACGAAGCGCCUUGGACUGGAGGUGUCCACAAGGAAUUAAUCGAUUCGAUGUUCUACAUCUGA